AGCGCGUCCCCCGGCACCUCCCCACCGCGGCCACGCCCACCACAACACGGGCGCGAGCACGCCGCUGUCCUAGUCGUCGUCAGCGCGGCGGCUCCGGCUGGCCCUGUGGGCGUGGCUGUAGGAGAAAGUGCAAAAACCUCUGAGUGAAGUGAGAAUUCUACUAAAGAGGAAAUGGCUGCUUCUUCCUCUUCCUCCUCAGCUGGUGGGGUCAGUGGAAGUUCUGUCACUGGAUCUGGUUUCAGUGUCUCCGACCUUGCCCCACCACGGAAAGCCCUUUUCACCUACCCCAAAGGAGCUGGAGAGAUGUUAGAAGAUGGCUCUGAGAGAUUCCUCUGCGAAUCUGUUUUCAGCUAUCAAGUGGCAUCUACGCUUAAACAGGUGAAACAUGAUCAGCAAGUUGCUCGGAUGGAAAAACUAGCUGGUUUAGUAGAAGAGCUGGAGGCAGAUGAGUGGCGAUUUAAACCCAUCGAGCAGCUGCUGGGGUUCACACCCUCUUCAGGCUGACCUUGCCUGGAUGGUCACCCUGGCGUGCUCAGAGCCAGCGUGGGACCUUUCUUACAGCUCACGUAGCCAUCCAGAGAUUCACGGCUCCGUUGCUGAAACUGUUCAUUCACAUCCAUACUCGGUUUCUCUGUAUUUAUCCACAAGCAACAAAUAUUUAAACGUAUGAUCUUACAGGGAAAAUUUUUGUUUAUUCGUUUUAAAAAAGCAUUGAGAAUUAGAUUAAGACAAUUGGCAUCAGAAAACCAGGAGGUUUGAGAUUCAUCACAAACCAGGUAAGACACAUGCCGGAAUUGGCAUCUCUGCUGACACUCAUGCACUGCAUGGGAUCUUCACCAGUCAAGUCCAAGGUCAGGGUCUGGAGUUAUAAAAUUCAGCAUUUCUGACCUAAAACAGUUCUUUUUUGCAGAUGAAUGUGACUUCAACUCAGGACCGGUCCAAAUGAGGAAUUUUUAAAUGUUCAGGGUUUUUUUUCUGUUUUUAGACAUCUAAUUCUAUAGAUUCUAAUGUUUUGUAACCUCUUCCAGACAUGCCAAGUGUUGGCCAAAAGAAUUGCUUUUUGAAUGGUGAAGCACGUGUAAAUAUAAAGCAGGGAGCAAAAUCCUUUAAAAACAGAAAUCCUGAGUUCACCUUGUAGGUGGACUCAAGCAAUUCUUUAGCAAAUAAAUCCUUUAAAAGGGCUCCAAAUUAGUUUCUUUAUCUUUUCAAAGUCUCAGGGAUUUGGGCUAGGGGGAAGAGGUCAAAUUACUUUUUAUAAGAACGGAAUCUGAAAACCAUUUCUCCUAAGCAAAUGGUAGAUUUGCUUUAUCUCAAGGAUAUUUGUCUUUAUAGACAUAUAUGAAUUUAUCUUAUCAAUAUCGGAGUAGGUGUUUAUAUCCUAAUGGGAGAAUAGCUGGAAAGCUGAGUGGUGUCCUUUAUUCUCCCUCAUGGGACCCCAGGGUCCACACUGCACAGUCAGGAGAAUCGUUUAUUAGAUUUUAUGCAAAUUUUGCCUCAGGCAACAUUUGCCUUUCUCUUCAUUAAUAACUUGUACCUGACCUGCUUAGCAUUGCUUAAUUAUAAAUAUAAAUCCCAGGAGCAAUUGGCCUUAAUCUCAGGAGUUCAAAAUGUUUAACAUAUUACCUGACAGGGAGGUGGUGACUUCAUUGAGUCGUUAAGAAUUUGAGCACAGAAGUUAAAGACCUGCCCCUGGAUACAUAGCACAGGCAGAGGAAAAUCUUGGAACUUGGAAUUGAUAAUUCAGCCCAUUCUUCUUGUCUCUAAAGCACAUCAGAGCACAAAAAUUACUAGCCCACAAACUUCACCUAUUUCUGUAUUAUUCUCAACCCAAACAGUUUCCAUAUUUGAAAACCAUUGAGUUUCCUAACAUUGUAUUUUUUUCGCAUCAACCAUGUGUAUUAUUACCAAAGGAAAAAUUAAAAAUACCUAGACUGCAAUAAACCUUAAAUCAUAUUUUCAGUGACAGUUUAAAAGCAAUCACUAAUUUUCUCUCAUUUGUUCCAUUUACAUAACUACAACACAGACAAUAUUAGCUCAUCUUUACCCUUUGGUAUUUGAACUUAUAUAAUUUUUUUCUCUUUAAAUUGGACACUUCUUUUUAUGACCUUAGAAAUUGAAGAGAUCCUAAGGUUGAACAGAAAUGCUUUCUGAA